AUGCUGUUGGAGCUGUCAGAGCAGAUGGAUUUGGCCGCACAGUCCCUGAAGCCUAAUGCGGAGCCAACUGUCUUCCCGCCGCCGUCCCCACAAGAGGAACUUCACUGGGACUCGCGGAUGGACGUCGUCAUUUUGUGUCUUUCCCUUGUGGAUAAACACUUGAAGACGCAAUUGCCUCUCCUCAGGCAAGCAGCCCCCGAGGCCUCUUCCAAGAUGGGCAUGAGAGAGGACGACGUCCUUGCAACGCUCAUGCACCAGAUGUGGGCGGGCUGCUACAGCAACGCUCUGUCUCUGCCAGCCACUCUUUCCACGCUGACUCUGUCCUCGCAGGAGACUGAGGCCCUCCUCAAGCCUCACAAGUCGCCAAUGAGGUUUUCUGAACAAACGCUUGUCGACAUUGACAGACUUCUCCUGGAUUUCGCGCAACUUGUGUUAGUUGAAGGCGCGUGCACGUGCGACCCCUGUGCUCCUGCGCGGCUGACUAUCGUCUUUAUGCCUUUGCGGUGGGUGGCGUGCUUUUCAGGAGGGCCGUCUGCCCUCUCCUUGGCAUACAACAGACUGGAGAGACACUUGGUGGUUCUGUAUCUUGAGCGUCUCCUGUAUUUUCUGCUUUCUUUUUCUCGCUGGGAGGAAGGCAGCGAAGGCCUACAGACGGAAACACAAGGGAAAGGGGGGGGCGCGAGAAAAGGCUCCUCUUACCAGCCCCAAGUAUUUAUAGAGAAGCAGCUCGUCGCUCAACAGAAGCCCUAG